AUGUCCUCUACAAAGAAAGCAGACCAUGACGGCGAUUCAGCCGUCUCCUUCUAUGAGACUGAGGAUGAGCGAAAAGCACAGAAGGAGAAAAAGGGUGGUUGUGUGGGCUGUCUGCGCGACAAUAUUUUCGUGAUUUUCAUCCUACUUGGAGUAGUUGUGGGAUUUGGUGUCGGUUUUGGCGUGAGAGAGCUGAAACCCUCUGCUGAGGCAAUUGUAUGGAUCGGUAAGAUUUUCCUCCAUUUGGUCAUUCCCCACCACCUAAUCAUACCCGUUUUAAACUCCAUGAAUAAACUCAAUUAUUGUAUUCCACUAAAAAAACAAACAGCAUUUUGCUCUUCCUAUGCAUUAUAAGACCUUUAUUUGAACCUACAGUUUUUCUGUUUUCAAUGGACCGAGAAGCCGAUACUUAUGCUAGAAUAGACGGAAAAAUAAUGCAUUUUUCAAAACAAUGUCAACCGCUUUUUGCCUACUUGUUAUCCUAAUUUAACGUGAGUUGCACCAAAAGCUGCAUCACUGUACUCGAACACAUUAUCGUUACCGGAUUUGCGAAACACACCUAAGCAGAGGCAAUUUUGACUGCAGGCGAUUGAGCGCUUUUCUAUAACAAAGUUGUUAGAGAUAGCUUCUAUUGUAGCAACUACUAACGCAUACGUUAGUGACUCAAAAUUCAUCUGAGUUUGAAACAAAACAAUCAGAAAUACGGAUGUGCCUCCUACUUUUUUUAAAAUCGGUCAUAAAUUUCUGCUUUAUGUUUAGCGAUGCCGGGCAACAUUUUCAUCAGACUUCUUGAGUUAACCAUCCUACCUCUUAUCGCUUCCAACCUCAUUGUCGGUAAGUUACCUUUUUAAGGAGAUCUGAGUUUUGCGUCUUCUUUAUCCUUCUUUAUUUGAAUCUGAUGGACGCCUUCUACUGAAUUUAGGGAGAAAAAUAUUGCACUGUGGUCAGCCUCCGCCCAAGGAUGUCGGCGAAAAUGUUUAUAUUAUUUGCUAUGUGAUAAUCAUGUUCCGCAUCCAGAUCACUGUUCGCUGAAUGACGGAAGAUCUUUUGUAAUUAAUAAUCGUCAGGUUGUCUUGCACUUGGACUCGCAUUUAGUAAUCAUAUUCAAAACUAGAGCAGUCGAUUUGAGCUAAGGAUAAUGGUGAUUCGGUCUCGUCAUAUCAGACAACGAACCAGUAACAACGGAAUCCUUGUUCGAGCUCGUCUUACUGAUCCUUCAUUAACUUCUGCUCAUACCGAGCUUUUAGUACUGGGCAGUACAAAUGGCAUGGAAUGAAGUUGAUGCUGAUGGCUGCACCCCACUUACGAUUCUGACGAAAUGCAUCCCUUAUAUUAAAAGACGUAGACCUGUUCUCUUUGUGAGACUUUCGAGAAUCUGCACUUCACGCCAAAACAAAAUUAAUCAUCAGUUAAUUUAUACUUUUAUGACAAAAGGCUCACAUUCCUCUAAGACGACUCAAACCAUUUCAUUCCUGCUCAUCUAACUUUUCAGUUAUUUCUCAGUUGGACCCGAAAGAACAAGGGCUUGGCAGUGUAUUGACAGUUGCAUACAUCCUUGGCUUUAACUUUGCUGGGGCUGCAAUUGGUACCGCCAUGGCUGCAUUAAUUAAACCAGGUUCGUCCAUUUUCUUUAGAACUGCUGUCUGUUUACACGUGUCUAUUCAUAUUCACCAUUAUCCUGGAAACAAAAAAAACCUGUUUAAUCUUUACUCAACUGAGGUCGGCUGUACAAAAUUCCCUAAAUUACUUUCAUGCAAAUGCAUUCUUGGGAUGUAAUUUUAGGGUUUUGCUUAAAUAUGUCCCAUACAGCAAGCAUUCGUGUGGUCACAUGACUUUCAUCCUUCGGGAUAAUUUCACAUAGUGAGAAGAAAUCCGAAAACCGGGGAACGUUACCGACGAAAUAGGCAUGCCGGUUCGAUCCCUUCUUGCUUCGGAAGGGACUGAGAUGGAAAUCGAAACCAACACGCACUUGUUCGUGUUCAACCCUGCUGUCAGGAUAGAUCGUUCAACGCAUUCCUUAUGUUUAUUUCUUAACACCCACGUGAUCCUCGCAAAACUAGCAAACUGAAAGUUCACCAGUUUUAUACGAGAGGUUUGCAAUGACUGAAAAUGAGAAGACAGAGCUUAAGCUCGACCAUACGACGCACAAAGUAGAUAUUUAUUCCACUGAAGUCAAUGUUAUUUGUCAACAUAAUUAGAUCUCUACUUACCCCUCUCAAAUUUAUCUGGGCUGUAAUUACUCUGAAACAAAAUUAAAAUCAAGUUGUCCCACAGCGCACACUUAUUUGGCCGCGCUAAGACUAAAAGGGACUAUAGAUACGAGUUCACAUACUCAUGCGGCACGCUAUGGAUGUUGACCUUCUUACUGCUUCAGACACCGUGCUUAACCCCCGGAAGAAGAUGACCGAAGGGCCUGGGUAGUCUGCUGGUACAUGGGGAGAGAUAGUGAGGUCACCAAUGAGGAAUGAACCCACAUGACAAGUGGGCACAUCCGUCACUAUUGUAACUCCGACGCGCUUGAGUAUAUCACAACACGCCGAAAGUCGUGCGACCAAUAUCCUGCAGGGUUAAUGAAAGUUGCUAAAUGAGUCUUCAAUGCACAAGGCAAUGCGGAUUACCACGGGCAUAAAAUAAAUUACUUCUUGUGGCAGGAUAGUGGUCUGUGGUUGAAAUUAUAUACGCGCAUCUGUGCAAACUAUACCUACGCAAUUACUGCACUUAGUUUGCAUUGUUUCUAGCUAACAAAUGAUACGAAUAUGAUUAAAUUGUCCGUUAAAACUAUUUCCUUAAAAUGGAGGCUGGCUGUGACGGAGCAGGUGUACCUGGUUGAGCCAAUUAUGCAUAUCCCGGGUUCUGAAGACACCUUUACUGAGACAGAACUCGCGCUGUUGGCGCCUGCUCGUCCAAGGAUUGUCCAUAAUUUCCGAAAGUCCUUUACUGAAACAUACAUUAAUCGUCAUAUCAAUUUGAAUGCUGCAUUUAAUAAAGGUCGUGGAGAGAUGGGGGAUUCGGCAGUCAAUAUUAACGCGCAGAUAGCUAGCAGUGAAGGGCCUGUAACACAAACGCAGACGGUUACAUAAUUACAACUACACGGAGAUUGCUUGGAGCAUUUGAUGAAAGUUAAGUACCGAACAGAAACGCAGCUUUAAAACAACAUAUGGUUAGAUUUACCGCCUUUAUGAGUAACAAAUUUGCUUUCACCUGAAAUUCAAGCAGUGUCUGUCUUUCAACAUACAUAUCAACGUCUUUUAAAAUGUCAUAAGUUUUCAUAACGAAGUAAGAAGAAUACGUAAUAUGUGUCUAGGAUGUAAUUUGAAAGCCUUAGGCCAAAUCGAAGGUAUUUGUUGUAUUCCAAAAUAUACAGGACUUAACUGACCUUUCUGAAACCUAAAUAUUCCUUGAUAAAAGUGCGCGUGAAGGUAAUGAAUGGGGCUUUUAUGAAUCUCUUGUGAACAGUUGAUAAAAUGUAUCGAGUAAUUGGAAAUUGACAGUAAAUGUGUACGUUAAAUAAGCAUUAGUAUAUAUUCAACUUCCUUUUACUCAGUCACUUGUAUAUUUGCCCUGGAAAAAAACAGCCCUCCGAAGGGGACAAACUAACCUGAAAGCUACAUAUCAUUAUAAUCAUAUUUACAGUCCCAAUUAAACCCAUUUUCCUAAUUGAUGAUCAAUUUCAGUGUUGUAAUGCAUAUUUUGAAAACACCUACACUUUCUUCAUUUUUGUGACCCUAAGAUAUAUGAAAGAAGGCUUUAGAAGACUAUCCCAAUAGUCAUCGUAGAAGAUAUUAACGUGUGCUGUGCAGAGUCAAGAUGGGCAAAGGAUAGCUCCGUUCGAGUGUCCCAUCUCUGAGGAUUUCUUAGUUUCCCAUAGCCAAUUUGAAGGUGUAGUUUUCACGUUAGCAAACAAAGUACCAGGAUACAAUUCUUUACUUUCAACUACACAGUUUAUAUUUGCUAACAGGCGUUGGCGUAAACAUGACAACAUCUUCAACGGAGAUUCAGGACCCAGGACUGACACUUACAACAUCGGACGUGUUUUCUGACCUCCUUCUGUAAGUCCUGAUGCAGGAGGCACAAUUAAACUGGCAGCGAUUUUGACGUGUGUUUGCGUUAUCGUGUCAAAAUUGACAAAUCCUUUUUAAGGUAUCAUCAAGGAGUAUAAAAAGUCAGAAUAGCCAACUAACAUGCCGGUGUUUUCUGCGUUUUAACUUUCCCAGGAACAUGUUCCCAAACAACAUUGUUGGAAUGUGCCUUUAUCAGGUAAGUGAGAAAAUUUUGAGAACAAGCAUUUGCUAGACCUCCUGUAGUAUUUUCUCUUGCAAGAACGUUUUAAAUCUUAAUGAUCGUCUGUUUAUGAUUAAAAGCAUCUGUCAGGGAUUUCAUAAUGUCAGAGGUGAAUAGCAAUCUGAUUAGAAGUUCUCUGUCUGCGAACUGACCAAUCUGCUUGAACUUUUAGACGAAAACGGAAUAUUUCUGGAAAUAUCCAAAUAAAACAGAAAGAUAUUCUGAAAAGGUUAACGAAUACUCCACUGAUCUGAUAGGUACGUAUUUCACAUAUUCAUUUUUAAAACGGGGUUGUAAUUUUUUGUUUUUUCCUGUAUUUCGUUCAUGUUGUAGAUGUGCAACUAGCCUUUUCGGUUCAAUUUAUUUUAGGGUAAUAAACAAUAUCCAUGAAAACCUGUAGAAAGAGAUAACCAAAGAAAAUUUACUAGACGCUCAAACACAAUGGAAUGCACAAGUGAAAGGGAACAAAGUUACUCAAAUUUUUGAUUGCUGUUUAUAUAUUAAUGAAAUAGUGCACGCUGGACCAUCAACCGUCUUCGAUGAGCCUAUCACCUGAGCUUAGUAAAAGCACGCGCCUGCCGUUAACCAUGUUCCUUUGAAUAAAAAAAUGUAACUCGUACAACGUUUACCUGACAAAAACACCUGACGAAAUAUGUUUAUGAAACAUGUUCCGUGCUCUAGAUCUUGGAUUGAGUAAAUGCACUCUCACUGCUCCGUCAUUUCUUUUAUAAUGUCGCCACUGCGGUGGUCGCUUUUGUAGCGCAAUAAGUAUUGAGGAGUUAAUCACCCAGUGAGGCUCUAAAUGCAAAGAUCUAUUAAGAUGAAAAAUGGGAUUUGUUGUCAAAUUAUUAACCCAUUCUCGAAAGGAUUGCUUUUACGCGCAUUUUCGAAAUAUAUAUCUAAUGUGUCUUUUAAUCUAUCAGGUGUCCUUCUUACGUGCAUCGCAUUUGGUCUGGCGGCAAGAAAAGCCGGGGAAGCUGGGAAGCCCUUUUUGGACUUCUUUCAGUCCCUCUCCGAGGUCGUUCUCAAACUCGUGCGAGUGUUUUUGCAGUGAGUCCGAUUUAUGGUCGCAGAUAAUAAAUAACUACACUAACAGUUCAAUGGAUACCCUUAUCCUUUGGAAAAUAUUCAAAUAAAAUAAUGCAAAACAUUCAAACACAACACAUGAUGAGCAGCGCAAUUUCAUCUGUUCAGGUGCACACCCGUCGGAGUUGCUUUCAUGAUCGCCGCCGCCAUACUGAAUGUCAGCGAUAUUGCAUCAGCCUUUGCAGCACUGGGAAUGUUUGUCCUUACGGUGACGGCAGGUAUCGGUGUCCUGUUUUUCCUGUGCCUGAUCGUGUAUGGGGCAGUGGCUCUUCGUAAUCCCUUUGGCUUCCUACGCAAUAUUGCAAAGGCCUGGUUCAUCAGCUUUGCAACAACCAGCCCGUAAGCACACAUAAAAUGUAUGCCAUCAUCUGCAUUACUUUUACAAAUCGACAUAUCUUAUCACUGAUCUUCAGAAUUGCACUUAUCGCUCCACAUCUUCCGCUAAGAGGUUCUUGUUUCAGGAGGAAGUUCAGCUCUUUCACUCCAUAACCCUUACCUCAGUUCACUAAACCGGGAAAUUCAUUGUGUGUCUAUGUACUCGGGUAGAAGGUGAAGAGCGAAACCAAGUUUUAAUGAUGGGUUAACGCUUAUCUUGGUUUUAUUUUAAACGUAAUCAUAAAUUUGCUGACAAAUUCAAGUCAGGUAUUGCCUAUGCGUCGUCUCCUAGUCAUGAAAACGAGUACAUUAGGCGGGCUAGAAGUGACAUGAUCACGAAAGCAACGGUUUCGAGUUUUCAGUCGACUUUCCGUCGAUAGAACAUGCUGGUGUUUAAUUUCCUCCUUCAUAUAAGGGUAAAAAACUUCCCAUAGCAGUCACAGACCUGAAAAAUAGUGACCAAGGAACUAAAAGCGCCCAAGCAGAUUAAAAACAUAAUCAGAUUUUCAGCAGUCCCGUUGCGAACUCCUGAAGAACAGACUCAUCGUUACCUCCUAGGCUCUAAAAGCAUGUAUGGAGGAUAUCGCAUGCAAUUUGCCAGUAACUGCGUCUGAGUGUACUAACAUGUCUUCAUAUAACGAUGUCAAUCACUGUAACAGGGUAUAUAGGUUUUAACAUUAGAAUGUGAUCAUAUUAAAUUUGGGAGCUUACAUUAAGUGUGCUAAAUCAUGAAAUGCUGACCGAAAUUCCGAACUGCGCUUCCGCUUCGAAUAGAAUCCCUAAGCAGGGUUUUAAAAUUAGUCCUCAUGCGGCAUAAUUCUUUAAAAUCCGGUUAACUCGGGAUGCUGGUUUUACGAACGAACAUCUUUUCGGCUGCGUGCAAAAGGCACACUCUGUCUAAAUGGCUACAUAAGUAGCAUAAAAUUUUCUCAUUGUUUUUCAAUGACCUUAAAAACGUAGUCAUAUUUCAUGAAAACAAUCACAAAAGUACUUACUUUCCACUCAAGCAGUGGAAAAUAACGUCUGCUUCCAAUUUUAUACCUGACAACAUGGUAUAAUUGGGUUUUAAAAGUUCCUGAUUGUGAGCUUUUUAAAUACCGUAAAAUGCCCGUUCAUAAAACAUCUUGUCUCUACAUUUGUCAAUACUGCUUGUGAAGUUUACCAUAUGGUUCAAAUCCACUGCUACGUCUUAUGAACCGUAUUUGACCUCCUCUUAAUGUCGUAGAGAAAUUUAUGGUUUAGCAUGCACAGGAAAUAUAUAUUUUGUAGUUUAGAAGUCCUGAAUGUUCGUGUAACGGCAAGUCGGGUUCAACAUUACUCGGGAAUUGGAAAAGGUUUUGAAAACCGAAUUAUACCACCUCAUCAAGUAUAAAAUUGGAAAAAAAACGCAAAUUCCUUUCGAAUGAGCAAGAGGCUGAAUAUUCUUACGCAUUUUUUCCAUGAAAUAUGAUUGCGUCUUUAAGGGCAUUGAAAAUCAUUGAGACAAAUUUAUGCUACUUAUUUAGUCAUUUUUUACAGUAUGCUCUGCGAUGAUGGGUUCGAGUGAGAACCCGAAACGUCAGGCCAAUAAACUUCUUGUCCCAGUGAUCGCAUCUUCAUCUUCUGAGCAUGCUUUUUACAUGCAGACGAAACAAUUUUCGUUCGAAAGCCAGCAUUUGGAGAUAACUGGAUUUUUAUAGAAUUAUGCUGUGUGGUGAUUACUUUUAAAAUCCUGCUUGAGGAAUAUAUCCAAAACAAAGGCACAUUUCGCAAUUUCGGUUAAGAUUUCAUGAGUUAGCACACCUACUGUAGGUAAAUGAGUUUCAUUUACAAUGCUGGACAGAAAAUUGAGCCUUCUGCUUGUGUUUGGCAAUACCACGUAUGAUGUACGAUUCACUAAGGGUGUUCAAAAAAGACAGAUGUUCUAUUUCCCAUGCGCUGGAGAUCACGAAUCACCUUUUUUAUUUUGGUCUGUCUGCUGUGUUUAGGAUCGUAUCACUACCAGAAAUGUUUGAAGGCUGUGAUCAGUACGGUGUGGACCAGUCCAUCUCGAGAUUCAGCUGUCCUCUCAUGACGGCUCUCAAGGCAGACGGUCCAGCGGUCUUUAUCAGCAGUGCCGCCGUCUUCGUUGCACAAACGGAAACAGAACUGCCAUCAGCUGGGACACUAGUAGUCAUCUGGUGAGUCUGCUUUGUGUGAUUUUAGGUUUGAAACGAAAUCAGAUUGACUCAGCAGUAGCUUUCCUUAGGCUUCCGUACAAAUUAUGAAAGUCUGGAACUCAGAAUGAAGCAAUUGUAAAAUUGACGCUGCUCGCAUCUCGCCCAUCUGAGAUUGUUCGAAUCGCAGAACGUUAAUUAGUGGCCUUUUACCCAUAAGAACAAAGUCCUUCCAAACCCUGGACGCGUACCUUCUGGGAUUUUGCCGUCGUUAUCAGAUUACACCACAGGAAAAUUUUAAAAGUGCUCCAUUACCCCGCUCACACUCAGUCUGCACUGUCGUGCGUAUCUGCCAGGUCACAGUCAGUAGCUUUGUUUUGAUGAGAAUAUUUACCUUUGCCGUUCUUUAAAUUAUGGUCCUACAACCGGUUUUAAAUGUUUUAACACUUACUAUAACCGGCUUUUCUCGAUUCAGCGGUAGCACUUCUGAUUCUCAGAACUCGACCAGCUGGAGAGCUCCAGCUGACUAAAUAGUGUCCUUUCAAUCUCUCUGUCAGCCGUAGGAUUGCUGCCUACAUUUAUUGCACGAGUAUGUGGGGGGGAUUACCAGCACUUUUCAAGCAAAGCCAAAGACCUACCUGCUCCUUCCCAGCGUGAUCCUCGGUAACAAGACCUUGGUAGAUUAAAGGCUUAACGGACAGAUUGCGUGGACGCCAUCUGUGCGGGAGCGCAUCCGAACGGCGGGUAAUCAACACUAACAGGAUUUAAGGCAACAACACAGUUGCUGUCCGAAGGUUUUAUCAAGUAUGCAGUUUGUGUUACUCAGACACACUUUCACGUCACGCCACUGCCAAUUGGUGAACGUCGUAAGAUCUUGCGAUGGCUCAAUGUGGUGACUGAAGGACACGCGGUGCGGCCGUUCUAAGUCGGGACGGCAGAUUCAAUUUGACCGUAGUCGACUUUGUGGGGACCUCUUUAAUAUGAGAUACCGUGAUGCUAACAUUCGCCGCAUAAGCUGAUUCGUGAAGCGCAAUGACGUCACUACCGCAAAAGAUGACUCUGGGCUUUUUAGGCUUUAAACGGAAUUCAGCCAGCUGGAAAUGUAAAAAUAUACAGUCGAAAUUCCCCCCGUUUAUCCUCACAAGCUGCCAGACUAUACAGGGCCAGAGAAAGAAACAUACGCUUUAUUUUGAAAGUAUGAUUCCACAGUUAUCAGUGAAACGUCCUCCAUUCAUUGGGGCCAGGAUAAAAGAAAGGAGACAAGAAAAGGGCCAAUGGGUCUGCGUACUUAUUAUGGGGACUAUCCGAGCCCUAUUUUUGCAUUCCAAUCUCCUUACAAGUAAGAUGUCAUGUCAGAAAUGGUAUAACGAAACGUUGGUUUGCAGAUGUACGGCAAGAGAUAUGCGGGAAACCACGGCUCAUGGCAUGGAAAGAUCUGGCGACAAUUAAUUCAGGAGAUGGGCAAUAUCAUCCAGAAUUUGAUUAGAAAAUUGUUUGACCGUCCCAAAACAUAGUUGUAAUAAGAUAUCAGCUAAAACGGUAUACGAUACACCGGCAGCAGAAGAAAGCAUUCGGAGGACACGGCUUAAAGUCAGAACAUACUCUUUAGACAAAGUGGAAAAGAGUAAUCGGAGAACAAUGAAGAAUGAUAGGGAGAAUGCAGUCAACCAUAAAUCCUUAUAUUGACGAUUAAGAAGUAUGGCAUGAACGUAAGCGACGAAUGCAACAAACAGGUUUACAGAUUUUAGUGAAAAGAGUUUUAACACUAAGGGGAAAAUGGGCGAUUUGAAGAUGGAGUAGCAACGAGAUACUGGGAAGAUGAUGUUUCAUUGGAAAGAAUUCCGAGGGAUUCAGGAGUGGGGGAGGGUCGCAACCGGAAUACAUAUUGGGUGGAUUUUUGAUCGUUAGGCGAAAGGCCAUUUUCCAACGACCGUACAGAGACAUCAUCUAAGCCAUCCUUCAGAGAUGGAGGUGAGUCUGGUUUCUAAUUGGAUGACCAACAACCAUAUCGUCAGGGGGUUUGGCGUUUAAGUAGUCGUUGGGUGAUUUCAGGCUCUCAGUGUGAACUGAGAGGAGGUGCGGGAUCAGAGGGAACCUCGAAGGACUCUGCAGUUAGUUAGAAGGAGCAGUAAGCUCCCGCCUGAAAAGCUGAGGGCGAAGGCAAAAUAAUCUUCAAGUCAGGAAAUAAUCUAUCCAGGGGAGCCACAGACAGAUGUUAUGCUGAAGAGGAGAUGGCGCCGGACUGUGUUGAACGCAGAAGAGUAGUCGAGAAAUGCACCUGGACUCGCAUGACAACACUUUCCACCUUUCUUGAAGCGGAGUGACCCAGAAGAACAACAGCGUGCAAGGUUCUAUGCCCAGCUUUAUAUGCAAAUUGAGAAAGGUCGAAAAAGUGGAGGGAAAAGACACAGUGACAUUUAUCGCAGGAGCAUUCAUGUUCGUACGCUUGUUUUUAUAAGUAAACAGUUAAUUCAGGAAAGCCGACAAAGAGGAAACUUCCACAGACGAAGUAGAAGCACAACUAACAGACUGCUUGCGCAGACUCCAAGCGAUCGCGAACUCGAAAACCUCCGCCCAGUAGGCACACACAUCCCUCGAUUGUAUGGUCUACGGAAGAUCCGCAAGAGCGGCCUACCAGUCCGUCCAAUCUUGGACAUGCCCCACUUUCCCUAUCAUGCAAUAGCGGAGUAGUUAACAGAGAAACUCAAACCUCUGCAGUAUCAACUGGCACCAAAUAGCUGUCGGGACACCUUCGAAUUCAUCGAGAAGGUUGAAAACCUAAACUUAACCGGUAUGGUGAUGUUUUCACUUGAUGUCUUAUCACUCUUCACAAACGUUCCGGUCACGGAGACAGUUGAGUACAUAUGUUAAUACCUGUCAACCAAUCACCAUGACAUAGGUAUUUCGACGACCGCACUUAAGGAACUAAUACUAAAAUGCACACAAAAUGUGCAGUUCCUUUUUGAAAACCAAAUAUAUAGACAAAUAGACGUAGUUGCUAUGGGAUCGCCUGCUGAUCCUCUCCUAGCCGAUAUCUUCAUGGACAAGCUGGAGAAGUGUCAGUUAAACGAUCAAAUCAAUAAGCUAAGGCACUACGGUCGCUACGUUGAUGACAUCUUUGCAAUUGCCACCAGAGAAACCGGCAUAACCAUCCUCUUGUAUACUGUAAAUCAAGCACAUCCGUCGAUCAGUUUUAUGUUGGAGGUGGAAAGGGCAGGUUCCCUGUCUAUUCUAGACGUGCUUCUAAGCAGGAGAGCAGACGGCAACAUCCGAAGAACCAUCUAUCGUAAGAACACCUGGUCUGGACAAUAUACGAAUUUCUACAGUUUCGUACCCCUUCAAAAAAACAUAUUCUGGUCCGCUGGUUGGCGCAAAGGCGUAGAAAAAUCUGUUCAGCAGAUAGUGUUGAUGAAGAACUUAGAAGAAUCCAGGACCUGUUUCGCGAGAACGGGUAUCCUGACAGAUUUAUUGUGUGGAAUCUCGCCGAAUGACCAGCAAAACUCAUUAUACCGACCGCCGAAAAGAAAAUUCUGUUCCUUAAGGUCCCCUUUCAAGGGGACGCAGCGAGUGAGCUUCUGUGAUGGCGUCUUGACCAAGCCGUUUCACGGACCUUCCGGGCAGCAAGAGUUCCAGCGUUGUUUUCGACCAACUCCGUCUUAAGCGGGGAAGGUAAGGAUAGACUACCACCAUGUGCAGUUACUCCUUUACUUGCUCCUGUGGAGCAGGCGUCCAUCCGCAUGAAUACGAGAACACGUGCCGGCAUGGCUGACGAAUGGGGAAGUUAAGGGCAUACACAGCUCCAUCCUCGCACACAUGGUUGAGUCUGGGCGUCGUGUGGAACCCGACGAAGUCUUCCGUGUAAUUUACAAGGUCACGCCCAAUUGCCCUAGGCGACUGAGCCAGCGCCUACUAGCAACAGCAGAGGCAACUACCAUCAGGCCACGGAGGCCGGUCCUGUGCGCGCAGAAGAACCUCUUGCACGCUGCGCGUCUUCCGUGGGCCAGGAUCGACAAACUGAAUGCAGGUCUCCGCACACCCACCUCCUUCCCUCCCCCCCUUGUGACACCGCUCAACCUAACCCUCACUGUCACUGACUGCCUCCUCUCCUCCCCUCUCUCCCCCACUCUAUUCACAUAUCCCGCUCGUAUGAACGGACGAACCAUAAUCGAUUGUACUUAUCACUCGCAUGCUCCGUUUGUACCUCGUCCCUGUAUAGAUGUACAGGCCGAUUAUAAUUUACCGACAGCACCCGUAAGCUCGCCGCAUACUCUUCCAAACAGUUAAUGGUUAGGGAAUCUGGUAAGAAUGGCUUAGUGACAUCUAUGGAGUAUGCAAUCGAACGGAAAGAUUCCGAACCAAAAUUAAUAGGCGUGUUAGAUAUGGAGAUAAUAUGUACCGUGUGACGAGCCCAAUAUAUCUUUAACUCUAUGAAGGACCUGUUAAUUAUAUGUGUCAAACGACAUGCAAUCUAAGAAGAACAGGAUCCAAGAAAAAAGGUGUGACUUAUCUGACCCGUUGUCAGAGAAACAGGGCAAAAAUAUGUGGUGAAAUCGAAGCGUCGAUUGAUAUCAAAACAUGCGUCAUCACUGUCGUUGACCACAAACAUUUAGGCCAUGUUUUCUUAUUCUAAACACCGGAUUAGGAGUAAAAUAAUAAUUUCCUAUCUUACCAGGCUUCUAACGUCUGUCUCUGCGCUGGCGAUCCCGCAAAUCCCAAGCGCCAGCAUAAUCAUCACAAUGACCAUCCUCUCUUCGGCCGGUGUCUCAACGGCAAACACGGCCUACCUUUACGCCGUCGACUGGCUUUUGUAAGAAAAAUUGACCUCAUGGCUAGUUUUUAUGCCUGUUCGAACUAAUUACCCAUGUUUUACUCGAAAGCACCUGAUAUGAAAGAUGAGCAGCGUACAUCCCAGAAUUCAUAUUAUUGCUGGAGGGUAGAGCAGUUUUAGUGAGAUAGGUUUGCUAGCGACUGUUGUGAGAACUAAAAAAAUAUAAAAAUUUGGCCAACUCGAAAUUCCUAACUGGCUAACAGCGAUAUAAAAUGCAGUAACUGAUUUUAUUUGAUCUCAGGUUUAAUAUAAGUGGUAGACAUUUUCGACAACUGUUGAAAACUCAUCCAAACUCAGCAUCGUCCAGUUAAUGUGGGUGACUGGCCAUUGUGGCCCCUUUGCAGUCUCACACGACCGCUACGUAGCCAAUGUAAAUGCAUACUUGACCACGUCAACCCAGCAUACUAUGUGUUUACCUUUUACUAGUAAUCUUGCGUGGUCCAGUUUUACAUGAUUUCCAUUCGCUUCGUUAAUGCGUGAUUUUAUCAAAAUGACUAACACACGACUUAGAGCUUUUUGUUUGCAUUCCCAGUUUUUUGAGUUUAUUAGCCCCCACCAUCUGUAACUCAAUCUGUUGCAUAAGGUCCCGAUGACAAGAGAGGCUGCGUACUCUCAAGUUUGGCUUGAUCUUGUAAAUGUUGUUAGUUGAGUGCACGCCAAUAGUAUAAUGCCGGUGCGGGUAGAAUGAUGCCCGGCGCAUGUCGAAAUAUCUUUUUAUUGAUUUUGCAUAUUUGCCGACUGCGAAGGACUCAGAUUCCCCAGCGUUCCUUCUGUGCGUUCUGAUAGAUACUCCAGUUUUGAAAUUAAAACUUUUACUUUUACUAAGAAAUUGAUCGCUAACUUGGGUAAAUUUGUUUAUCGGAAAUUUUUAGACUAAGUCCAAACCCCUCGCAGCUCUGUCAAACAGCGGCAGAAUGUCGGUGAAACUCGUGUAGGGACUUUUGGCUAGUACCUGUUCUGACAGUUAUGGUAUAUCGUACAACCCAUGCAUAUUUGGCCUUCCUGUCAUUAGGAGACAGAAUAUACGUUCAAAUUCGUCCUAAUUGUUUCAGAAAUUUCUUCAAUCUUAGACCGGUUUAGUAAAUCUAUUAAAAAAUGAAAUUCGAAAUUUUUACCUGAAAUGAAAGUUUGGCCAGACAAUAGGUCCAGUAGUCACCCCAAAUCCUCUUUAGUUCUCCUCAGUAUCUCUUUAGCAACAAUUGGUUCACACCAUUCAGCCACCUAGGAAAGCUCAAGAUUUGAACUCCAUCGUAAAGCGGACGCUACUCACGCAUGAACAAAUUAAUCCAUGCACCGCUUCAGUCAAAAAGCCAAAUAAAGAUAUUUUUGAAGAGUCGGUUUGACAAAUAUAUGUGCCAUAACUUCGCUGGAGAUGUCACGUUCACUGUUCAUUGACUGCGCCUCAAGCUUCAGUUAGCAAAGCGUCUGAUCUAGCCGUUAUCGACGAAGUAAACAUUGUGAUAGGAGCUUUAUCCGGAGUUCGGCUUUGACGUAUUGCAGUGAGUGCUUUUCUUGUAUAUAUGUAUAUGUAUGUAUAUAUGUAUGUAGAUUCAUGUAGAUUCACUUAGAAGGUAUUUGGUAAUUCCUGCUGUAGUUUAUAGUCAUUUAAACGUUAAAACUUUUCAGAAUUCGCAUGUUUGUAGGCUAUGGUUCGUCUGUCUUGUUUCUAAAGGUCCGGUGGAAGUCAAUUAGUCUUAUUUUUCACAUAAGAAAAAGUAAAUCCCCGUCGAUAACAAUUCAACUUGAGUCCCAAUAGUAAAUUUUGCUCCCGGGUGCAUUCACGACACCCUAAAGCGAUUGCAAAUACGCGUGUUGAUAUUUCAGCAACUUGCAAAAAACUAGUAUUAAGGAUCCGCUUGAUAAUCGAUACGGCGAAGUGGAGGACACAUUUAAAAUAAAUGAUAUUAUGGAAUUAUUCAGCAUUUGACAAGGAAACGAUUUACUUUCCAUAGGUAAACCGACGAUAAAUCAAGGCAAAUUCAGAAGGACCUCUUUUGUUCGGGCCGUUCCGGAAGCUGUGUUGAGGAAAACUGUGUCUGUUUUAUUCCAAAAUUGUCGACUAUAAGUACUGUGCCUCUAAGUUGACGUUUCUUUCAUCCACAAUAGCAGCACGUCGGAAGGUGUUCAAAGACCUCUUCUGGUUCCCACAGUCUGGCCGAAAAAUUGCUAUAGCAAUUAUCAAUCCCCUUUUUUAAAAUGAUGGGCCUGAAUUUCAGUGUGUUUUCCAUUAGAAAGCAUUGGUUAGUUGGAGUUGUGAUACUGAUCAUCCUGUGGGAUAAUUUCAAGAGAUUUCUGUCACGCCAGGAUGUCAGCUCUAGAAUGAGCUCAUUUACGGCCGCCUGCACAAAAAGUAGCUUAAAGCACUGGUAUUCUUACCAAGGUCACGAUACGGCAGUAAGAGUCCACGGUUUUGCCACUGUCUUACCCUCAAUUAUGAUUGCGUUGUGUAGUUCACAUGCUUGCUGUCAUAAAUACGACUCCAAUGAAGACGUGAAUUUUCACGAGGAAGCAUACUUCAAUACCAACUGCUCAGUGUUUGCCUUGCCAUGUGCUACUAUUCCCUGCGGAACUCUUAGCCGACUAACGGCUAGUAGCCUCAACGAACCUUUUUAUCUACUAGUUACGAUAUAAAAUGCAGUGACUGAUAUUCUCUAAUCCCAGGUUUAAUGCACGCAGAAGGCAUCUCUGUUGACUGUUAAUGACAUAUCCAAACUCUGCGCCGUCCGACUAAUGUGGGCUACUGACCUGUGUGGCCCCUUUGCAGUCUUACACGACAGCUACGUAUCAAAUGAAGAUGCAUAUCUGACCACUUCAACCCAGGAUAUUAUGUGCUUACCUUUUACUAGUACUCUUGCGUGGUUCAGUUUUACAUGACUACCAUUCGUUUCCCAAAUGAAUGAUAUUAUCAACAUGACUAACACACUACCUAGGGCCUGUUGUUUGCUUUCCAGUUUUUUGAGUUUAUUAGCACCCACCACCUGUGACUCAAUCUGUUGCAUAAGGUCCCGAUGACAAGAGAGGCUACGUACUCUCUAUUUUACCGUGAUACCUCAAAAGAUGUUUGUUGAUUAACCAAUACUGCAAUGCGGGUGUUGGUAGAAUGUUCACCGGCGCAUGUCGAAAUAACUUUUUAUUAAUUUUGUAUAUUCAUCGACAGAAGUAGGGAUCUAGCACGUAGUAAUCUCUGGUGUAAUUAGUAUACAAAAAUAUGCAAUAGUUGUACUGAUGCUCAGAGUAGCUUUAAUUGCUAUAUAGGUACAUAUAAAUGAUAUGAUCUGUAUUGAAAUUUUAUGAAUAUGUUCAGUUUUCCACCUCAAAUAAAAAUAUGAUUUUUUCUAAUUUUACAGAAGGUUUGUCACUUAACGCCAUUUACCGGUUGGGCUUAAGUUACUUAAAUAAAAAUAAUAGUUUUGCGACGACAAACAUGUAAACUGCGCACCAGUUGAGAACGCGAAAUAAGAAAUUAACCCAUACUGUUUAAACGACUUCGCUCCAACAUUGCUUAACAGAAAACCUUUAAAUUUAAAUUUGGACCACUUAUUCUGACUUAUUCUGCCUUAUUCUUUUUUUUAUUCUCUGCUUAAUUGACCAUGGCAGUUUCUUAUACUGCGUUUUUUAAACGUACGGCUGCUAAAAUGCAUACGAUUUAAAUGGUCGACUUUGGCAGUCUUGUAUAAGCUCUAAAGGGCCAAGUAAAUCUGUUUGGUAUUUUGAAAUAUUCAGCAACCAGUAAGCUACCAAAACCCGGAACAAAUCUUUUCCUGAGAUAUUCAUGACAUGCUGACACUGAAGUGCAUAAAAGGACUCAAGUAACUACUCGGAUGCAAAAAUUUCAUCGACCAUGCUGUUGCUUGCAUCCCGCAAGAGAUAUUCCCAAAUUUAAACCCAUAGAUCAAGUGACAAAGAGCUGUCCGCACCAAAGACUAAGCAUUCCUGACAAUAGUUUAAACUCUACGCUACCCGCCGAAAUUUAUCUCAAUAUAGUGGUCUGUCGACCCACUUGAAUAUAUAAAAACAUAUAUUACAUACGAGGGAAUUUAAUAAACUCGGUCUGGGAAAGUGAACGAAUCAAAACAAAAAUCACAACCCGUGGUUCACAGGCAAAUUGUCGUUGAAUAUUUUAGGGCAAAGGAAGCCUUAGUUCACUUGUGGACACGCCUUAGGCGGUACCACACGUAAAUUGCCUAAGUAGAAAUUAAUUUCCCCUAAAAAGCUAAAUGCUCUAAAUUGUUUUUUUCUUUUUCUUGCAAAGGGAUCGUUUUCGUGCGGGUGCAGCGACAAUCUACACGAUGUACGGGGUUUCAGUGGUCGACAGCAUAGCCAAGCGACGGAAGAAGUCGCAGGAAAAGAUUGAAACAAUUUCAAAAAGGUCUUACAGUUUUGCCUGA